CCGAGCCGCCAUUUUGUGUCAAUUCCUGAUUGCGGCGGGGGCCGGGCAGCCGGGAGACCCGUGGCGGGCAGACAAGGGAGACAGUCGGCCCGUCUCCGCGGCCCGUUCCCUCUCUCCCUUCAAUCCUUUUUUUCUUUUUAACCCCUCCACCCUCCUCGCUGGCUCUCCUCUUCUCCCUUUACCCUUCGCUUGCUCCAUCGCGCGCGGCCCGCGCUAAUUACACCCAACCACCCACCAGUGUCCGAGUCUCCCGGGUCUCCCACCCCCGGGCCCGCGGGGGUGCGUGGGGGGGGGCUCUCGCCCCUAUGAGGGCCCCGCGCCAGUGAGCGAGUGACCGCAGGGGUGGGCUGCGGAGAAAGGCGGCGAGCGGCCCUCCGAGGCCUAGGCCGCGCGGCCUACGCGGAGGUCAGCGCAGAGGUGAUUCCGAAACCGAAAAAAUAUAUACCCCAUUCCCAUCAGGAGCCCUCCGAGCUUAAGUGUGCCCCUCCCGCCACGCCCAAGCAGUCCUUUUUCGUGCAUUAACAUCCCCUCCCCCCCAAAGGAACUAUGGAGGCCGCGCCCGGGACCCCCCCGCCGCCGCCAUCAGAGUCGCCGCCGUCGCCAUCGCCGCCGCCGCCAUCAACGCCUUCGCCUCCUCCGUGUUCCCCCGACGCCCGCCCGGCCACCCCGCACCUCCUCCACCACCGCCUCCCGCUCCCUGACGACAGGGAAGAUGGAGAGUUGGAAGAAGGCGAAUUGGAAGAUGAUGGGGCAGAGGAGACCCAGGAUACCUCCGGAGGGCCUGAGAGAAGCCGGAAAGAAAAGGGGGAGAAGCAUCACAGUGAUUCGGACGAGGAGAAGUCCCACAGGAGACUGAAGCGGAAACGGAAGAAAGAGCGGGAGAAAGAGAAAAGGAGGUCGAAGAAGAGGAGGAAAUCCAAGCACAAACGCCAUGCUUCUUCUAGCGAUGACUUCUCUGACUUCUCAGAUGACUCGGAUUUCAGCCCCAGUGAGAAAGGGCACCGCAAGUACAGAGAGUACAGCCCCCCAUAUGCGCCGUCCCACCAGCAGUACCCCCCAUCGCAUGCCACGCCCCUGCCCAAGAAGGCUUACUCCAAGAUGGACAGCAAGAGCUAUGGCAUGUACGAGGACUACGAGAACGAGCAGUAUGGGGAAUAUGAGGGCGAUGAGGAGGAGGACAUGGGCAAGGAGGACUACGACGACUUCACCAAAGAGCUGAACCAGUACCGGCGUGCCAAAGAGGGCAGCAGCCGUGGCCGAGGCAGCCGAGGCCGGGGCCGGGGCUACAGGGGCCGAGGAAGCCGUGGAGGAUCGCGAGGCCGUGGCAUGGGCAGGGGCAGCCGAGGCAGGGGCAGAGGCUCUAUGGGAGGAGACCACCCGGAGGAUGAAGAGGAUUUCUACGAGGAAGAGAUGGACUAUGGAGAGAGUGAGGAGCCAAUGGGAGAUGACGACUAUGACGAGUACUCCAAGGAGCUGAACCAGUACCGCCGGUCCAAAGACGGCCGAGGCCGAGGACUAAGUCGAGGCCGUGGCAGGGGCUCCCGAGGCCGAGGGAAAGGGAUGGGCCGGGGUCGAGGCCGAGGUGGCAGCCGAGGAGGGAUGAACAAGGGCGGAAUGAACGAUGACGAAGACUUCUAUGAUGAGGACAUGGGCGAUGGUGGUGGUGGAAGCUACCGGAGUCGUGACCAUGACAAGCCCCACCAGCAGUCGGACAAGAAAGGCAAAGUCAUCUGCAAGUACUUCGUGGAAGGGCGGUGCACCUGGGGAGACCACUGUAAUUUUAGCCAUGACAUCGAACUCCCAAAGAAGCGAGAAUUGUGCAAGUUUUACAUCACUGGAUUUUGUGCCAGAGCCGAGAACUGCCCCUAUAUGCAUGGUGAUUUCCCGUGUAAGCUGUACCACACCACUGGGAACUGCAUCAAUGGUGACGACUGCAUGUUUUCCCACGACCCUCUGACGGAAGAGACGAGGGAGCUCUUGGAUAAGAUGUUGGCUGAUGAUGCAGAAGCAGGUGCCGAGGACGAGAAGGAGGUGGAGGAACUGAAGAAGCAGGGCAUCAACCCCCUGCCUAAACCGCCCCCUGGUGUGGGCCUCCUGCCCACCCCUCCUCGGCCCCCUGGCCCACAGGCUCCAACCUCUCCCAACGGCAGGCCAAUGCAGGGUGGCCCCCCACCCCCACCCCCACCCCCUCCCCCGCCACCCGGGCCCCCUCAGAUGCCCAUGCCAGUACAUGAGCCGCUGUCCCCGCAGCAACUGCAGCAGCAGGACAUGUACAACAAGAAGAUCCCCUCCUUGUUUGAGAUUGUGGUACGGCCCACGGGACAGCUGGCUGAGAAGCUGGGUGUGAGGUUCCCUGGACCCGGUGGACCCCCAGGGCCAAUGGGCCCUGGGCCCAACAUGGGACCUCCAGGGCCAAUGGGCGGUCCAAUGCAUCCUGACAUGCACCCUGACAUGCACACAGACAUGCACCCCGACAUGCACCCGGACAUGCACCCCGACAUGCAGAUGGGCCCUGGCAUGAAUCCUGGCCCACCCAUGGGCCCUGGUGGCCCUCCAAUGAUGCCCUACGGCCCUGGAGACUCCCCACAUUCUGGAAUGAUGCCCCCUAUCCCGCCAGCCCAGAACUUCUAUGAAAACUUCUACCAGCAGCAGGAGGGCAUGGAGAUGGAGCCCGGACUCCUGGGGGAUGCAGAGGACUACGGGCACUACGAAGAGCUGCCAGGGGAGCCUGGGGAGCACCUCUUCCCUGAGCACCCUCUGGAGCCCGACAGCUUCUCUGAGGGAGGGCCCCCAGGCCGGCCGAAGCCAGGCGCCGGUGUCCCUGACUUCCUGCCCUCAGCCCAGAGGGCCCUGUACCUGAGGAUCCAGCAGAAGCAGCAGGAGGAGGAGGAGAGAGCGAGGAGGCUGGCUGAGAGCAGCAAGCAGGACCGGGAGAAUGAGGAAGGUGACACCGGAAACUGGUACUCCAGUGAUGAGGAUGAGGGUGGAAGCAGCGUAACCUCCAUCCUGAAGACCUUGAGGCAGCAGACGUCCAGCCGACCCCCGGCUUCAGUUGGAGAGCUGAGCAGCAGUGGGCUGGGAGACCCCCGCCUCCAGAAGGGACACCCCACAGGAAGCCGGCUGGCAGACCCUCGCCUCAGCCGGGACCCCAGACUCAGCCGCCAUGCAGAGGCUUCUGGCGGGUCUGGCCCAGGGGAUUCCGGACCCUCCGAUCCUCGGCUGGCUCGCGCCCUGCCCACCUCCAAGCCUGAAGGCAGCCUUCAUUCCAGCCCUGUGGGCCCCAGCAGUUCCAAGGGGUCUGGGCCGCCCCCUGCGGAGGAAGAGGAAGGGGAGCGGGCCCUGCGGGAGAAGGCCGUGAACAUUCCCCUGGACCCACUCCCCGGGCACCCCCUGCGGGACCCACGGUCACAACUGCAGCAGUUCAGCCACAUCAAGAAGGACGUGACCCUGAGCAAGCCCAGCUUCGCCCGCACCGUGCUCUGGAAUCCCGAGGACCUGAUCCCCCUACCCGUCCCCAAGCAGGACGCAGUGCCCCCCGUGCCCGCUGCCCUGCAGUCCAUGCCCACCCUGGACCCCCGCCUGCACCGCGCCGCAACGGCAGGGCCCCCCAACGCCCGGCAGCGCCCGGGUGCCUCCACGGACUCCAGCACACAGGGCGCCAACCUCCCCGACUUUGAACUUCUCUCUCGCAUCCUCAAGACGGUCAAUGCCACUGGCUCCUCGGCUGCUCCCGGUUCCACCGACAAACCCAGUGACCCCCGGGUGCGGAAGGCCCCCACCGACCCUCGGCUGCAGAAACCCACAGACUCUAUGGCCUCCUCCCGGGCUGCCAAGCCCAGCCCCGCUGAGGUGCCCUCUCCCACUGCCAGCCCGAGUGGGGAUGCCUCCCCACCAGCCACCGCUCCCUACGACCCUCGCGUGCUGGCAGCCGGUGGGCUGGGCCAGGGUGGAGGGAGCGGGCAGAGCAGCGUGCUGAGCGGCAUCAGCCUCUACGACCCGAGGACUCCCAACGCGGGGGGCAAAGCCACAGAGCCGGCCGCUGACACGGGUGUCCAGCCCAAGGGCGCUGAGGGUAAUGGCAAGAGCUCGGCCUCCAAGGCCAAGGAGCCCCCGUUCAUCCGCAAGUCUGCCCUGGAACAGCCAGAGACAGGGAAGGCCGGUGCUGAUGGAGGCGCCCCCACGGACAGAUACAACAGCUACAACCGGCCCCGGCCCAAGGCCGCUACAGCCCCCACCGCCACCACCGCCACCCCACCCCCUGAGGGUGCCCCACCGCAGCCCGGGGUGCACAACCUGCCUGUUCCCACCCUCUUCGGGACGGUGAAGCAGGCACCCAAGACGGGCUCAGGAAGUCCAUUUGCUGGGAACAGUCCGGCCCGCGAGGGCGAGCAGGAUGCAGCGUCCCUAAAGGAUGUUUUUAAAGGCUUCGACCCCACGGCCUCUCCCUUUUGCCAGUAGUGUCCAGCCAGAGCCGUGGCUCUAGCCGCCCUUCCUAGGGUGGCGUUCAGGGCAGCACCUGGGGUGGGGAACUUGUGGGGAAGGGGAGGCAGGCUGGGUGUUCCUUUUUUCUUUCCUCCUUUUUCUUUUGCUUUUCUUCUCUCUUUUUUUUUUUUUUUUUUUUAAGUAGUACUUUCUUUGAGAUUUAUAAAUUGUAUAUAACCAUCUUAAGUUCUAGUCAGUGUGGCGGGCUCAGGGGCUCCUGCUGAGCAAACCGACUCGUGCCCGCAAACCUGUGAACUGUUGCCAGUGUCCAGACUCAGACCCCAUGGACUCUGCCUGGCUGGGCCUCGCUGGAGUCCCAGUGGGUUUUUUGGGCAAAGCAUGGCCCCUUUUCCCCAGGACAAAGGGAACAGUUGGUGUCUUGGAAGGCACUGAACGCUCCUUACCCUGUGCCCAAAGAGACCCAGAACCAAGACCAUGGCAGGGCCUGUGUGGAAGCAGGUUCAGGCGUUUCUAGAAUCCUAGGGUACACCAUCACUGUCUUGUUCAGUGCAGGGCGUGACAACCCACUCAGGAGAUGGUGACAGUGAAAAGGUAUUAAGGAAAAAACCCUCAGUGGCACUUGGGGCUCCCUGGCACGUGCCUGUUCCUGUCCCUGCAUUACUACGUGUGCCCUCCCUGCCACCCUCCGUCCAGAGCAAGCCAGUGCCCCCCAGCCUGCAGCAGAAGCCUCCAGUGUGAGAACUCGACCCAAAGGCAGUGGGGGCCGGUGUGGGGCGGAGUCCCGAAGAGCCACCUCCAGGAGGCAGCCCCUUGGAGCACGCACCAGUUUUCUGUCAGUAUUAACCCGACCUGUCCCAUCAGGGCCACACCCUCCUUGCCCGCACCAGGGUCUAUCCUGGUCCUCAAGCCACGCACCCGCUAUGACCGCACUGCAGCUCGGCCCCGGACAGCUCCAGGAUCCGUGAAGUGGCUUCGCCUCCAGGCCCCAACAGCAGGGACCCUAGGGUGGCUCCUGGCCAAGUGUUUCUUCUGUUUUCCUCGCACCUCCUCACACUGUGUGACCUGCAGGGCAUCAGCUUCUGGAGUUGGCCUGCAUUGUUUGGUUCAGUGUAAUGAAGAAUUUAACCUUCCCCAAAGAGAGUUCCAGCAGACAUCUCGCCUACGACUUCUGAAGAUCGGCUUUCCCUGAGCGCAAUGAUCGCUGGGAUUCGUAGUCCAGUGACAAAAUCAAGGAGGGACGCGCACUACCGGCCUAGAUGCAGAGGAGGGAAUCACUACCAUUCCAGCCAAUGGACAGUUCACGCCGAAACUGAGUGGCGAGCGCAUAGCCAAUGGGUAAGCCACUCAGUCUGAGUGACAUGGGUUGCAACCUACAGGAGGCCCGUGGGGCGGUACGGCGCGCGGCGCCCGUAGUGCGAACCAUGGGAGGCGGCUGGUGGUGGGCUCGGGCCGCUCGCCUGGCCCGUCUCCGCUUCCGGAGGUCGCUACUGCUGCCUCAGCGGCCCCGGAGCGGGGGCGCUCGGGGGUCCUUCGCCCCCGGCCACGGCCCCCGCGCCGGGGCUUCGCCGCCCCCAGUGUCCGAGCUGGACCGUGCGGACGCCUGGCUCCUCCGAAAGGCGCACGAGACAGCCUUUCUCUCCUGGUUCCGCAAUGGCCUCCUGGCGUCUGGCAUCGGAGUCAUCUCCUUCAUGCAGAGUGACAUGGGUCGGGAAGCAGCAUAUGGCUUCUUCCUGCUGGGCGGCCUGUGCGUGGUGUGGGGCAGUGCCUCGUACGCGGUGGGCCUGGCGGCGCUGCGAGGGCCCAUGCAGCUGACGCUGGGGGGCGCGGCCGUGGGCGUGGGCACCGUGCUUGCCGCCAGCCUGCUCUGGGCGUGCGCAGUGGGCCUCUACAUGGGGCAGCUGGAGCUGGACGUGGAGCUGGUGCCCGAGGACGACGGGACGGCCUCCGCGGAAGGCCCUGAUGAGGCGGGUCGGCCGCCACCCGAGUGAACGACACGGCCAUGGGGCCUGGCAGGCGCUGGACGACAGCGCCCGAGGACUGGGACAUUAAAACCUGACCUCCCCUCCUCCA